AUGCAAGCUGCAACUUUCAGUUAUGCCCUGGCUGAGAUCAUGAAUAAACCACAAGUCAUAAACAAAUUACAAGAAGAGGUGGAUGCAUUGGUGGGAAAAGACAACAUUGUUGAGGAAUCUCACAUUCAUCAGCUUCCAUAUCUGUAUGCUGUAAUGAAAGAAACACUGCGCCUGCAUCCAACUCUCCCACUCUUGGUGCCUCACUGCCCCACCCAAACUUGCCUCGUUGGGGGAUACACAGUCCCGAAAGGAUCUCGUGUUUUUGUGAAUGUCUGGGCAAUACAUAGAGACCCUUCCAUCUGGGAAAAUCCAUUAGAUUUUCGUCCCGAGAGAUUUUUGGACAACAAAUGGGAUUUCACUGGGAAAGACUUCAACUACUUCCCUUUUGGUUCUGGGAAAAGAAUUUGUGCUGGGAUGGCGUCGGCUGAGAGGAUGUUCAUGUAUGCACUUGCCUCAAUGAUUCACUCUUUUGACUGGAAAAUGGCUCAAGGAGAUAAGUUAGAGCUUUCAGAGUUGAAGUUUGGGAUUGUGUUGAAGAAAAGAAUUGCUCUGGUUGCAAUCCCAACUCCAAGAUUAUCUCAUCCAACACUCUAUUAGUAAGCUACAAGCAAAACAUCACAGGGGAUUCUGCAAUGGUACUUCAUGUUCUAUUGCUUCCCUUUGAUUAUGCAAUUGUUUAUUUCAAGAAA